UAUGUUGUGUAGUCUGUCUGUGAAGAGUGCGGAAAGACUCCUGCAAUGUUUUCUUAUUAUUUCUUACAAUUGUUCCAGUGAUUAUAAUAUAUCUCUCCUCCGGAUCGAGUGUGCGGAGAAUACAUUUGACGACUUGGGAAGACAUUGAGCACGAAGGGAAAAGUACCUGUGAUAAUGGAGAGUGAAGAAACAGACCAUGUCGAAAAUAACGGUGUAGCUGACCCUCAGGAACCAACGGAUGAUGUUAGUGAAACAAAUGAAAGUGAACCUGUUACUAAAACAAGAGCUUCUACCCGCCCGAAGAGAAACUGCACUGUAGAAUCUCCAACUAACCAAAAGAAAAAAGGACGUGGAAGAGGUCGAGGGAAGAAAAUCCCUGCAGCCGCUGACAAUGAAGUCCUCAAAAAUGAUGAGCAGAAAUCGAUAGACAACGGUGAAAGUCAGAAAGAAUCAAAUGCUGGUGAAGAGCCGUAUGAUCCUCAUGAAGUUGAUGAUCAAUUUUCCGAUGCAGCGGAACCGGAAAAUAAAGAGGAAGAACAAACUACACCAGAAAUGAAAUCUGAAAAGGUGGAAGACUCAGUAAAAUCUGCUGCCACAGAUGAAGAAGAAGAGGACAAGACAACAUUAGAAAAUAUGAUUGUCAUUGAUGAGUGUAAACCCAGCGCAGAUGCAGUUAAAGCAGAAGAAGAGCCUGACACUGAGAUGGUUUCGGAAGAUGAAUUGUCUGAGGACAAAAGUAUGGAGAAUGUGUCCGACGAUGAAUUGCCAGCGACAGCUCAGCCACUUCCAGAAACAGAAGAUCUGUCCGAGGAUGAACUCACAGUUGACAAGAAAAAGAAGGUGAUCAGUGACAGUCCAACUCCAGAUAUCAAGAAAACUAGCCCGAAAGAAACAACAUCAGAUAAUCAAAUUGAUAAAAAAAGUAGUAGUAGUGUAUCAAGUACGAGUGACAGAAAGCGGAAAAAAACAGAUUCAAGUGAUUCAAGUAGUAAGGGGACAAAGCUUGAUGAAUCGGCUUCUAAAAAGUCAAAGUCAGCAGUGGAUACCAGCAAAUCGUCAAGUUUUAAGAAGUAUGUGCCAGAGCUUGAAAAGUACUGGAAGGCAGUCAGGGAAGAUCCCACAGAUUUUACAGGCUGGACUUACCUGCUUCAGUAUGUUGACAUGGAAUCGAAUGUGGAACAUGCGAGGGAAGCAUAUGAUGCAUUUCUAGCUCGCUAUCCCUAUUGCUACGGAUAUUGGAGGAAAUAUGCUGAUUUUGAAAAGCGUAAAGGCAGCAGGGAACAUUGUGAACAGGUUUUCGUAAGCGGGUUAAGCGCAAUUCCAUUAAGUGUUGAUUUGUGGCUCCAUUACCUAAAUUAUUUUAGAACAACUUAUCCAGAAGACGAAGUUGGGAUCCGCUCUUUGUACGAUAAAGCUAUUCAAGCUUGUGGUUUAGAAUUUCGCUCCGAUCGCUUGUGGGAAAGCUACAUUAAGUGGGAAACAGACAAGAAGAAAUUGGUAAAUGUAACGGCUAUCUUUGACAAGCUUCUAGCAACUCCAACACAAAAUUACUUAACGCAUUUUGAAAAAUUUCAAGAUCAUGUCAUGAAACACAGUCCGAGGAAAAUAUUAUCCGUCGAUGAUUUCUUAAAUUUGCGCCGAGAAGUAUUGCAGAUUUUGAAGCAGUAUGAUUCACCGUUAAUUGGAGUUCCUGGAGGAGAUGACGCACCGCCUGGUGAGGAAGAACCAAGUGAUGAAAAAGAAAUCAAACAUACAAAUGAGGAGACAGCUGCACUGAGAGAUAAAAUUAUAGCAAUGCGGAGGAAGGUACACAAAGCUACUGCUGAGGCAGUCACUCAAAGGUUGAAGUAUGAAGAUGGGAUUAAAAGACCAUAUUUUCAUGUGAAACCUCUGGAGCGAUGUCAGUUGGAAAAUUGGCGUUCAUAUCUAGAAUUUGAAAUAGCACAAGGAGACAUGGAGAGAAUCAUUAUUCUUUUUGAGCGCUGUUUAAUCGCAUGUGCACUUUACGAGGAGUUCUGGUUAAAGUUUAUUCUAUUCUUGGAAAAACAAGGUGACGAAUAUCGGAGUAAUUUGGAAAACACAUUUAAAAGAGCCUGUACAAUUCAUCAUGUGAAAAAACCCAAUCUUCACUUGCACUGGGCCAUAUUUGAGGAAACACAAGGCAACUUUGAAAAAGCAGCUGAAAUUUUAAGCAACCUCGAAAGAAAUUUUCCCUCCCUUGCUCAAGUUGCAUUUAGACGUAUCAAUUUGGAACGAAGACGGAAAGCCUACCCAAAAGUGUGUGAAUUGUAUGAACAUUAUAUCAGCAGUUCAGCAUAUUCAAAGAUGGCGAACAACAUGGUUGUGAAGUAUGCACGUUUCUGUGCGAAAGUUUUACUAGACAUAGACAAAGGAAUCAAAGUACUGGAAAAAGCAAUGGAAAAAGACAAGGAUUGCCCACGGCUCUAUUUUCAAAUCAUAGAUCUAUGCAUGCAAAGAACUCCUUUAAAUGUGAACGAAGUUGUAUCUUACUUGGAUAAGUUUUUAAGCAAGGACAAUGCUGAAGCAGAGCAGAAGGUGAUGAUUGCCCAACACAAGGUUGAGUUCCUGGAAGACUUUGCCUCCGAUGCCUCUGCAGUCCAAAAAGCUCAUAACGAGUAUCUUCAGUACGUUAAAAUCGUCAAAGAUAACAGGAAAAAAGCCGAGGAAGCAAAAUUGAAAACUGAGGCCAAAAGUUUGGAGCCUCCACCUACAUCCUCCUUCAGCAGCAGCAGCAGCAGCUCAAGUAGUAAACACUCGACAAGCAAAUCAGCACCAAAUUCUGCUCCUCCUUUGCCGCAAGCUAUGCCCCCCGCUCCUGGCCCGUACGGCCACUCGAACCACGCACCUCCGUAUGGCGCUCCUCCAAUGGGACCAUAUGCUGGCGGUCAGUAUCCUGCUCAUCCCCCGGCUCCAGGACCUUACGGGCAAGGCUCCUUCAACCCGCCCUACAACCAGGGAGACCCUAAUUUCUCCAACUACCAAAACUGGGGUUACUCGCAACCAGGAUACGGCGCUUAUCCGAACCAAGGUUGGGCUAAUACAGGUGGCGGCGGAGGGGGUGGUGGUGGACCUGGUUUCAACUACUGAGUUCUAGCACCAAGCUUUUGAUCUGUUUUCAAGUACUUUUUGUUAAUUUUUUAGUUUAAGCAUUUAUUCUGGAGUUUAAAUCGGGCUGUCGUACCUUCAUGAGUCUGGAUCUCCGAACCUGAAUAUAUAAGUGCAAUUUAACGAUACAAUCAGGAGUCAUGGCUCCCUGAUUUGAAUGGUACCAUGAUUAAUGGUAUGUAAUUAGGGAAGAAGAAAAUUCUAUUCGAGCAUAGGACACAUCAAACCCCCCUCAGCUUCAUUUUAACUUUUUCAUGUGUUUUAAGCUCCUGUAAAUGAUUAAGUAAAUGAAAGAAUGACGAAUCAAAUCCUGGCAAUGAACAUCAUUUCGAAAAUUGUAUUUUUAACUAUACAUUACUUGCCAUGAAAACCACUCCAGACAUUUUUUAAGUAGAAAUUCCGUUAAGUUCAGGGGGAGGGGAGUUCAAGUCCUUACUUUGUUUGAAUAUCGAGAAAAUUAUUCAGUUGAGUGGAGGCCCAGGAAUGCAAAGUUAUCCACAAAAAUCUAAAUAAUCCUUUUGAAGGGUAAUACAAUUUGGAAUCUCCCCCUCCUCCCUCUGCAUUUAAGUCAAAAUUCAGACCGUUUUUCAAAAACAUAAAAUCAGGAAUUGAUAAAGUUGGAGGGUUUCAUUUUGAAUCAUGCAUAUUAUGCCUGUUUAAUGUCCUCUUUCCUCCGGGCUACUUGAUCUUAAUAACUUUUUGCUCCGACUUCAGUUAACCUUUGAAUUUUUUAUUCCUCCGACUUCACUUCGGCCAAUUGACUGGCCAUCCCAUAUGGCCAAAUCACAAUUUUCAAUGAAAUUUUUUUUAUCAUGUUUAAUGUAUUAACUGACAGAUCUGCGUAAGUGCCAAAAAUUCAAAUUAUAGAAUUAAAUUAUCAUGUCUCUGCUAAGGCUCAUGAAUUUUUAGAACUUACACAAUAUGGAAAUUGAAAUGGGGAAUUUCUAUCGUUUUUUCUAUCAACCAAGAGGAAAGUGACGGAAAUUCCCUACUAUGAAUCAUAAUGAAGGCUGGUAACUUUCGAUACUGUACUCUCUCUUAAAUAAGCCUUGAAGAAACAGUUUUCUACCCACAUGGAGUUAUAUUGCACUGCUUUAAUCUAGUUAUCUUCAGGUUCAAUUUUCAUGUAUGGUACUGGCGCGUGAUCUUCUUUCCUUUAUGAAAAUGUAAAUUUUGUACUGUCUGCAAGCAUGUAUGGAUAUUUUAAAUACACUUUUCUGUCGAAAAAGA